AUGGCCUCAGCUUCCACACCUCCCGCGAGCGUCGAGGUCUCAUCAACGAAACAACCUUCCUCGAAACCUCCCAGACGGCCCAAGAGACCGAAUUACAACCAGAUCCAUCGCCAUCUUCUGCCCGUCGAAGUCCAUCCACUCCCUGUUCUAAUCCCCCACAACCCGUUGUCGUUGGUUGCAAUCGCCCUCUCAUAUCUCGUCCAAGUUCUUUCGCCGCCAGUCCGUCCGACCUACAAUGGCUACUUCUCCUCGGCCACGUCCUCCAUCCACGUCACCGACCCCGAGACGAUACGCAAGCUCUGGGAAAUGGGGUUCUUUGGAAGAGGGAGUCUCAGCCGCAGCGAGCCGAAUUGGUUGGAGAAUAGACAGAAGAAAGGCCGGACAGCGGAAGAGAACACGGCCUCUCGGAGGGAGCAGCGAAGGCAGCUGAAACAAGAACGGGCACGAAAGGAGCAAGAAGAGAUUGAUCAAAAGUUGUCGGAAGAGUUGCAGCAAAACGGUAACAUUGCGGGUCGGUUGGACAGUGCCAUUGAGCAGGAACCGAUGCAAAAAUCACAACAGAACGGCGAUGCCAGUGCCAAUAAAAUUCAUGCAUCCGACAGACCGAGAUUGGAUCAGCUGCCUCAGAAUGGGAGUCUAAACGGGCACAUUAAUGGCGUACUAUCAGAAAAUGUCCUCAAAACAAAUGCUCAAAACAUCUGUGGCAUCGGCAGUGUACUAGAAUCGGCCAGCGGGACCGCGACGCCUGAUGUGGAAGAUGACAAGGAAAACAACUCGAUCCAAGGAUUUGAGGAAUGGAAAAAGGCAAUCGAGGCGAACGGGAUCCCGACUCCGCCACCAACGUCGACUUGUUCAGAUACCAGUCAGGCUGAAGGUGGUCGCCCCGUGAAAAGACUACAAAGAACGAAAACGGUCCGGUUCUCGCCCACUAUCGAAGCACGUGAAUUCGACCUGAGCUCUCCCGUGAUAUCACCCAUCAAAAGUCCCGGCACGUCUCCGCUUGAAGAUGCCACCAAACCGGAAGGAGACGGCGAAAAGCCUGUGGUUCAACAGGAAACCCAAGAACACCUGAACGUUUCACUUGAAGAAGCAUUCUUCCUCUCCUACGCCCUCGGAGUCCUCAACAUUUACUGCGACGACAGCAACACCAUCCUCCCACCCACGUCUCUCCUCUCCCUCUUCCGACGCCAUUCAUACCACCCCCCGCGAUCGCUGUCCGUCCCUUCAGAACCCGACGACCCGUUCAUGAUUUCCUACGCCGUGUACCACCACUAUCGCUCUUUGGGGUGGGUUGUACGGAGCGGCGUCAAAUUUGCCACCGACUACCUCUUGUACAACCGUGGCCCGGCCUUUUCGCAUGCCGAAUUCGCAGUCGUCAUCAUCCCCUCGUACACCGAUCCGUACUGGACGACCACCGAGCAGCGGAAAGCAAACAAUGAACGGAGAACAACCCGGAAAAAUUGGUGGUGGUUGCACGGGAUCAAUCGCGUACAGGCACAGGUGCAUAAACAGCUCGUGCUCUGCUACGUGGAUAUCCCCCCACCGCUGAUGGAAAAUACAGCGAAGCGCAAGGACGUGGAUAUAGGCUGGUUAUUCUCAAGAUACAAGAUUCGAGACGUCAAUGUGAGGAGGUGGACUCCGAACCGUAGUCGAGAUUGA